AUGUAUGUAUGUAUAGGUAUAGUAGUAUAGUGGUCCUUAUUUGCAAAAGUUACCCCUCUUUUAUCCUAGCAGCUGGGACUGGGAAAGGGGCUAUAAAAAGAUUCCAACAUUUGUUCCCUCAUCUCGCCAAUGAACGGCCUUGGCUUUUCUUUUAUCAUAACUCCCAAACUUAUGCCACUGAUCCUCUUCCCCCCAAACUCACCGCCCAAACUUCAUCUACAGCUUGCAUCUGAUCCUCUCCACUAGGACUACUUAUACUGCUCCCCUCCUAGCUCGGCCAAUUCAUGCAAUGGCAAUAGACCGUGUCGCCAAUAAAGCAUCGUCGAUGUCUCACCAAGACCGACCGCCUCAUGACCAGGACAAAGAUGACCACCACCAGAACCCCGUAGCAUUCGAUGCGUCGGUCCUCCAGUACCAGUCAGUCAUCCCGAAGCAGUUCGUUUGGCCCGAUGAUGAGAAACCUUCCCCUUAUGCCCCAGAACUUCUGGUUCCCCUGAUUGAUAUAGGCGGCUUCCUCUCCGGGGACCCCGUCGCGUCCGUGGAAGCUUCCAGGCUUGUUGGCGAAGCAUGCAAGAAGCAUGGCUUCUUCCUCGUGGUUAAUCAUGGGGUUGACGGGCAGCUCAUCUCCAACGCACACCGCUACAUGGAUGGUUUCUUCGGGUUGCCGCUUGGCGAGAAACAAAGGGCUCAGAGGAAGGUUGGUGAGCAUUGCGGGUACGCCAGUAGUUUCACUGGAAGAUUCUCCUCCAAGCUACCUUGGAAGGAGACCCUCUCCUUCCGCUAUUCCGCCGAGAGAAGCUCAUCUAAUGUCGUCGAGGAUUACUUUCUGAACACCAUGGGCAAAGAUUUCCUGCAGUUUGGGACGGUAUAUCAGGACUACUGCGAGGCAAUGAGCCGCCUGUCGCUGGGGAUAAUGGAGUUGCUUGGGAUGAGCUUGGGGGUGGAUCGAGCUUAUUUCCGGGGGUUCUUCGAGGAUAACGAUUCGAUCAUGAGGCUCAAUUACUAUCCACCCUGCCAGAAGCCGGACCAGACCCUGGGCACGGGGCCCCACUGUGAUCCUACAUCCUUGACCAUCCUCCACCAGGACCAUGUUGGCGGGCUCCAAGUCUUUGUGGACAAUCAGUGGCGGUCCAUUAGCCCCAAUUUUAAUGCAUUCGUCGUCAACAUCGGCGACACUUUCAUGGCGCUUUCGAAUGGGAUAUACAAGAGCUGCCUGCACAGGGCAGUGGUAAAUAGUGAGACCCCGAGGAAGUCGCUGGCCUUUUUCCUGUGCCCAAAGGUUGAUAAAGUGGUGAGACCACCGAGCGAACUGGUGAAUCCGGCAUGCCCUCGGGUAUACCCAGAUUUUACAUGGGCUAUGUUUCUCGAGUUCACUCAGAAACAAUACAGAGCCGACAUGAACACUCUCCAAGUCUUCACAAAUUGGAUUGACCAACACAAAAUAUCUGAGAAAGCUCUCUCAGUUCAUUAAAGGUUUCAUUCCAUACAUGGAAAGUCAUGGACCACGUUCCGCUUGCUCCAUGCAUCAUGGAGAGAGAGAGAGAGAUCAGAUACAACUGAUGAUGUUGAGAUGAAGAGGUUAUAGCAGCACAGGGGAUAAGAUUAUAUAAGGAACGACAGACCGAGGAGUCGUCCGUAAUGAAGGAGAGCUACAUAUAUAUAAAUAGGAGCUUGGACGACGUAUAGCUCGGUUAGCUAAGUUUUGUAAUUUUUCUCUUCUCUUUUCAUAUUAUUCUACGUAGAAGUUAAAGGGUUUAGUUGAUUUCCCCAUAUAUAUACAACGACUAUAUAUAUAUACACAUUUUCAUACA